AUGCACUUGAACAAUAUAGAAGUUUCCAUUUUCUCGCAAGAGAAGACCCUUCAGGAGUAUGUUGUACACAUCGAGGACACAAAUACAAUCUCCUGCUACAUCCCAAGCGAGGCAGGGAAGAACUUUGAAGUGCGGUGGCGGAUUGGCUCGGCAGCCACACACGCUUUCUCCGUCAGGUGCUAUCUCGACGGGCGACCGGCUGGUCAUACUAGCGGGAAGCCUGGCUGUUGGGGUUAUCGCACAGGGAUCAGGACUGCAAUUAAUAUGCGACGGCCGUUCCAGUUUGCAAACCUUCAGACGACGGAUGACGAUCAAUUCUUGGAUGCAUCCAGAGCUAACGAGAGGCUGGGUUUAAUUAGCGUGUGCUUCCUCCGCGUCCUGGAAAGGAGAACCGUUGGGUUCGAACCGAAGACGUUGGAGGACGUGGGUCCUGUGCACGAGGAGACAAAAAAGAUUAGCGUGCAUUGCAUCUCUUUGGGAGACGCCCAUCCCUGUCAACCGCGUCGGAACACAAAGGCGAAGACCCUGGACACAAAUGAAAAUCCGUUCCUUAAUUUCAUUUUCAGAUACAAGCCACGUGACGUUCUGAAGGCCGAAGGCAUUAUCUCUUCCUCUGCGACGAUACCACGUGCAAAUGUAUCUCUUGUGAGAGCGAGAAGAGGUCCGUCAAUGCCACCGAGCACAGGGAGAGUCAUGCGCCCAAGGAGAGCCGCUGAGUCUCCAGCGCAGGGCGAACGCGAGACGAAACGGCGAAAGACAAUUCCAGAGAAAAAGUUACAAGACAUUGAGUUUUUUCAGAGCCAGUUGGGCGAUGCUCAGAAACAAGUGCGCAGUAUUAAAACCAAAAUUAACAAUGCGAGGGCUUUCCGAUCCCAUCCUUUGCCUGUGAAGAAGGAAGAAAAGCCUCUACGCUUCAACUUCUCGUCGGAUGAUGUGAUCGACUUGACACUCGAUGAAUGA